AUGAAUAUUAAAAUAUGCCUUGUUUGUUUGAUACUCUUCCUAAGCUUAGUGAAAGCUGCAGCCCCACAACGCAUAGCAGAAGAAGAACUACCACCAGGAACAGGAGUAGCAAUAAUACCACCACAUCAACCAAAGGAAAUAACAACAAAAUCGGAAAGUAAGAAAACUGAUCAAACUAAACAAACUGAGAAGUCAUUUGACGAAGAUUCUUCAGAAAAGCGAACAUCAAAAACUACACAUCAAUCUGCAGAUGAUGAUAGGGAUGUUGAAACAUACUUUAUUUCAGGAAAAUCUGAAUCAACAUAUAAAACAAAAGAUGCUGGAAAACUUAGAGCAGAAGGCAAAUUUCGUUCCCGUGGUAUUGGUCGUUAUGGGACUAUAUCAUCUGAAGGCACUAAGUAUAGUAUUGAAGGUACUUUUGACAGAUAUGGUAGAAGAAGGCCUACUAAAUCAAAGUUUAAAACAUAUGGAAGAGAAAAGAGAUAUUCGAAGAAAAUUGUUGAUAAUAGAUUCGAUAUUAAUGGAAAAGUACUUGAAGAACGUAGACAUAGAAAAACAGGUAAUUAUGAAGCUAAGGGGACUCAUGCUCGUUUUAAUGUUCGAAAUGAGGAUGAAAAGAAUACAAAGGAAACUUCGAAAAAUCAAAGUAAACAAGUGGAUAAGUCAGAGAAAAAAGAAAAAACAAAAAAGAAAAAAGUUGAGUCAAAGGAAAACACAAUGCCUGUAGUUCCGGGACUAUGA